UGCUCUCUCCCCACCUCUCUUUCUCUCUCUGUCCCUCUCUCUUUCUCGCUCACUAGGGUUUAUUCUCUCUGGCUCAUGGACACUCACUACCCGGCGGUGGACCCUUCAAAGAAGCGCAAGGCGGAUGAGAACGGCGCCGCAUUUGCCGCCACCGACGGCGCCCCACCGCUCAGCCACCUCCUCACUCCUGACGACGCCCGCAAAAUCAUCGAGCCCUUAAACCGGGACCAGCUUCUGGAUAUUCUCAAGACCGCGGUUCUCCGCCACGGCGACGUCCUCGCCGAUGUGCGUUCUGUCGCUGAUGGCGACCCUUCCAAGCGCAAGCUCUUCGUCCGUGGCCUUGGAUGGGAGACCACCACUGACAAGCUCCGUAGCCUCUUCUCCGCCUUUGGCGAGCUCGAGGAGGCUAUUGUUAUUACCGACAAAGCUACGGGAAGAUCGAAGGGCUACGGUUUUGUUACCUUCAAGCAUGUAGAUGGCGCUUUGGUGGCUUUGAAGGAGCCGAGCAAGAAAAUCGACGGCCGAAUGACUGUGACGCAGCUCGCAUCGGCCGGAAUUUCUGGCGGCGGCGGAGGGGGCGGCGGCGUAGAUGUUUCGCUGAGGAAGAUUUAUGUCGGGAAUGUGCCGUUUGAGAUUUCGUCGGAGAGGUUGCUGGCGUACUUCUCGGCUUAUGGCGAGAUUGAGGAAGGGCCGCUAGGGUUUGAUAAGCAAAGUGGAAAAGCAAAGGGGUUCGCUUUCUUUGUUUACAAGACCGAGGAGGGCGCUAGGGCUUCGCUUGUCGAUCCUAUUAAGACUAUUGAUGGGCACCAGGUGAUGUGUAAAUUGGCGGUCGAUGGAAAAAAAGGGAAGGCAGGUCCGCCAACCGGUGAUGUUGGUACUGGUGUGCCGCCGCCAGGGCCGAUGCCGGGUUCACUAAAUACUGGCUAUGGUGUGCCUGGUACUGGUGGGUAUGGUGGCUUCUCGGGGCUGCCUCAACAAAAUCCCCCUCUGAAUUCUCCAGCGGUCGGAGGUCCUGCGUUUGGUACCCAGGGGCCUGCCUCAUAUGGCGGUCCUGGUGGCGGGUACGGUGCCGGUCUAGGCGGGGGUGGUGGGUACGGUGGUUCACAGUAUGGUGGGUCAGCUGUGGGUGAGUAUGGUGGAUUGAGCAAUGUUGGUUCUGGCUAUAGGUUGCCCCCUAGUUCUGUUGGGAUGCAGGCAAGCGGAUACCCAGAUAGUGGCAAUUACGGGUUGAACAGUGCGUCGUCAGGUUUUCCAACACAAAUGCCUCAACCGCCUUCAGGGCCUAGAGUUCCUCCUGGUGGGAUGUACCAGGGAAUCCCACCCUAUUUCUAAGGUGUAUGAGAGCUUCAUGGGCGCAAAUUUAAAUGGUUGUGAUGAUUUCGUGAUUGCAGACAAUGAAAUCUUGGUUGAUAAAUGGACUGCUGUACAUUUGCUGCUUCACCCAUAGUUUUUGGCUUUUCUGAUGUAUUUGUCGAAGUUGACCAGAUCGAAUCUAGAAUCUAGCUUCAGUAUUUAAAGCUGUUGCAGUAUUUGUGAUUAGUUGAACUGAUAAAUGUUUUUCCUGUUUAUCUUUUUUACUAAAGUGAGUUGCAGUAUGUGGUUAGUUGAACUACUAAAUGAUUUCCCACAUUGUUGUUCUCUAAUAUAUUAAAUACCAGCUACUAGUUCUUA